CCGUUGAGGGUAAAUGAAGAGCAGGGAUUUCUCUGCAAUCACAGCUCGGAUUUUUCUUCCCACCACACCCGAUCUCCAGGCUAAGCAGCUCAGGCAGCAAAUUUGUGUAAGGAGAAACCCCAAAGGAGUUUGCUGCUUCAGCCGUGGGGAGGCUGGACCGAUCUUAAAUCUCCUGCAUUCCUGGACCAUUUGGGGAAGCUUGCCACCUGGUUUCAUUUAACAAAGUGGGCCAGUUUCUCUUUUCUUGGAGACAGGGAAGGGGCUUUUUUGUACUGGUGUGCGGGGCUGGGGGUGCUGCUGGUUUCCAAUUCAGCACCAGCGUGUGCCCAGAACAAUGCCAAUCUGAGAACUGAAACAAAACUGCAGCAGCUGUUUCUCUCUGUGGGAACCUUUCUCCCACUUCCUCCCCACCAUUCAGCUUCUUGACUCUGCUGGUACAAAGAGGAGGCAGACUGCAGGCUUCCAGGGUGCUAAAAUAGCAGCAAACAGAAGAACCUGGGAUCCUCCGUGCUUAGUUUACCCUCUCCCUGUUGAGUCAAACAUGGAGACUUAAUGUCGAAUCUUUCUGGGAAUACAAACCCCUUUUCAUGCCUUCCCACCCCUACCCCCCAGCCUGGACUCUCCAGAUACUGUCAGUUUCUCCUUGGGCAGCUCUUGAGACGGCAGAUCUAUUUUAAUAGCUACCUGUUUAGAUGUGCCAGCUGUAACCUUUGAGGGGGUGGGAAUACAUCCUGGAGGGGGAGUGGAAGGAUGUAGCAUGAAUCUUAACCUCCCAGCUGCCUGAUCGGACUCGCAUUACUGGGUGGCAAGGAAGCUUUUGGAUCUUCCUGGCAGACCUUUGGUAUGCUCUGCUCUGCUCCAGAGAAACUGUCUGUACUCGGGCACGUCUGCGGAGAUGCACCUGCUUUGCUGCUAACAGGUGUGCUGGGCACACGGCUCCCUCUGUCUUGCCUUUGAGAUUCCCUGCCAGUGAGGGCCGCCGUACAGCGUGAUGGACUUGGACCCAUAUGCAAGCAUGCAGGUCGGGAUGCGGGUGGUCCGCGGAAUUGACUGGAAAUGGGGCAAUCAGGACAACGGCGAAGGGAACGUUGGGACUGUAGUUGAGAUUGGCCGGCAAGGCAGCCCAACAACACCGGAUAGGACUGUGGUGGUCCAGUGGGAUCAAGGGACCAGAACCAAUUAUCGGACUGGAUUCCAAGGAGCCUAUGACCUUCUUCUGUACGAUAAUGCACAAAUAGGUGUGCGCCAUCCCAACAUCAUCUGCGAUUGUUGCAAGAAGCACGGGAUCAGAGGCAUGCGGUGGAAGUGCAAGGUGUGCUUUGAUUAUGACUUGUGUACGCAGUGUUACAUGAACAACAAGCACGACACCUCCCACGCCUUUGAGCGCUACGAGACUGCCCACUCACGACCAGUCACAGUGGGUCCACGACAGAACUUGCCUCGUAUCACGUUAAAAGGCACUUUCCAGGGGGCCAAAGUUGUCCGUGGCCCAGACUGGGAGUGGGGUAAUCAGGAUGGUGGUGAAGGUAAAACCGGGAGAGUGGUGGAUAUUCGUGGCUGGGAUGUGGAGACUGGCCGCAGCGUGGCCAGCGUCACGUGGUCUGACGGCACCACAAACGUUUACAGAGUCGGGCACAAGGGAAAGGUGGACCUGAAAUGCAUUGUGGAAGCAUCUGGAGGCUUUUACUACAAAGAGCAUCUCCCAAGACUAGGAAAGCCUGCUGAACUGCAGAGGAAAGAGAGCACAGAGAGGCACCCCUUCCAGCAUGGGGACAAAGUGAAAUGCCUGCUGGACAUUGACAUCUUACGAGAGAUGCAAGAGGGGCACGGUGGCUGGAACCCUAAAAUGGCUGAGUUCAUUGGCCAGACAGGCACUGUGCACAGAAUCACUGACAGAGGGGAUGUCAGAGUUCAAUUCAACAGUGAAACCCGCUGGACUUUCCACCCAGGAGCUCUGACUAAGCUCAACACCUUUUGGGUUGAUGAUGUUGUCCGUGUGAUAGAUGAUAUGGAAACAGUGAAGCGAUUCCAAGCUGGUCAUGGGGAGUGGACAGAUGAAAUGGCACCUACGCUAGGGCACAUUGGCAAGGUGAUCAAGGUGUUUGGGGAUGGAGACUUGAGAGUGUCUGUCGGAGGGCAGUCCUGGACCUUUAACCCAGCUUGUCUCACGGCCUACCAGAGAGACGAGGAUGCAAACCUCAUGACAACGGAGAACACCAAGGAAUCCAAAAGCACUUUGAUCUCCAUCCUAGAGAAGCUGCUGUGCCAGAAGAUGGAGUUAGAUCAUCCAGGGCGCUUGGUCGUUGAGGCGGCGCAUGGCAAUGCUGUUAAAGUCGAGGACCUGGUUCAAAAAUACCCAGACAAGGUUGAUAUAAAGAAUCAGGGCAGAACCGCACUGCAAGUCGCUGCCCACCUGGGCCGGGUGGAGGUUGUGAAGAUCUUACUGCAGGCGAAUGCCAACAUCGACCUGAGGGAUGAAGAGGGGGAUGCAGCUCUCCAUUAUGCAGCUUUUGGGAAUCAAGCUGAAGUUGUCCAUGUGCUUGUCAGCCAAGGAGCCAAUGCAAACCUGCUGAACAAUGCCAAGUGCACAGCCUUCUAUGUCGCCGUCAACAAAGGAUUCACGGAGAUCGUGCGGAUCCUUUGUGAGCACAACUGUGACGUCAACCUCCCAGAUUCAUUUGAUGACACCCCCCUGCACUAUGCCAUCACCGCCGAUUUGAAAAAUAUCAUCGAGAUCCUCACCGAGGUGCCGAACAUCGAUUUUACAAUCCAGAAUCGCCAAGGCUUCAACCUGCUGCACCAUGCUGCUCUGAAGGGCAACAAGCUAGCCAUAAAGAAGAUUCUGGCAAGAGCCCGGCAGUUGGUUGAUGCUAAAAAGGAAGAUGGCUUCACCGCCCUGCAUCUUGCUGCCCUCAAUAACCACAUGGAAGUAGCAGAAAUUUUAAUCAGAGAGGGUCGCUGUGAUGUCAACCUCAGGAACAGCCGGAACCAGACUCCCCUGCACCUGGCAGUCACCCAGGGGCACAUGGACUUGGUGCAGCUGCUGGUACGCGAAGGCAGCGAUGUCAACGCCGAGGACGAGGACGGAGACACAGCCAUGCACAUUGUCUUAGAACGGCAGCAACUGAUGUCAAUCAUGGCAGAGGAACAGGAAGGUGGGGAGGGACCGUCCCUCUUUUCAAAGCUCCAGGCUUCCGGCUUCCUUGGAAAUGUAGAACUGAAUGUUGGUGCUGCGAUUGCGUGUUACCUAGCACAGGAAGGAGCAGAUAUUAAUUACGCCAACCACAGGGGAAAGUCUCCCCUGGAUCUCAUUGCAGAUGGAAGGAUAGUCCAGAUCAUCAAGAACUUUUCCCAGAAAUUCAGGGAUGAGCAGAUUUCUUCAGAAGGCUCUGUGGUGACCUACAGCCUGCGCAGAGUGCACACCACCCCCAACACAAUGACCAACCUCAGCGUGGCCAGCAUGAUGGCCCCUUCCGAAUGCCUGGUUUGUUCUGAGCUGGCUUUGCUCAUUCACUUCAUCCCAUGUCAGCACAGCAUCGUGUGUGAAGCACCACUGAGGUUAGCUGAAAUCUCUCUUCUUCUCCCGCUCCCGGUAGAAUGCUCCAGGAGGAUGAAGAAGUGCAUCAAAUGUCAAGUGACAAUAACCAAAAAACUCAAGCAAGACAGCACAGAGGUGGAAUGCAGCCCCAGCGCCGAGUCCACCGACCAGCGGAAGCUGAUGGAGGAGCUGCAGAGCCGCUACCGCCAGAUGGAGGAGCGCAUCACCUGCCCUAUCUGCAUCGACAACCAAAUCAAACUGGUCUUCCAGUGCGGACAUGGUUCCUGCCUUGAGUGCAGCGAGGCCCUGACUGUCUGCCCCAUCUGCAGGCAGGCUAUCCGGGACAGGAUUCAGAUCUUCGUCUGAGGAUCUGCGCCUUCCUCUCCCACUCCUACCUUCCUUCCUCCCUUUGUGUGUCCAUUUAGUUGAGAAUCAUGACCCAUCCACUGUGUUUGUCUGACUGUGAAGCCAUCCUGAAAGGGGGAAAGUGAAUCACAAGAGUCAGUCGUGGGGGAAACGCCCUCCCCGUAAUGAGAGCGAGCCACCAAGCUUGUGGGGAACCAGCCCUCCUGCCCUGUGCUCCUCUCGCAGCAUGGACGGCGCCAGGCGGAAUGCUGACCGGAUGCCACCGUGCUUUGUGCUGACGACUGGAGGGGCUACGAAAUCAGCGCCUGGAAAGAGUGCUUUCAUGUGCAGACAUUUCAAAGGCCGUCCCGCUCUUGUCUAGUUCUCUGCAGCGUCUGAUUUGCAGCCUUACGCAGCUCUGGCAGGACAGGCUGCGGCCCAGUCCUUCUCAUUCCCCGGCAGGCUGUGGCAAAGCAAUACUCUCGCACUUUACACAAGGCGCUAUCCAGUGGGAUCAGGCACUGCCCCUGGCUCUCCCGCAGGGUUGUCAGUUGUGGGGGACGCUAGUUAGACAAUGUGCUCUCAGAACCAAGCCUUUGGGGCAUGACAAGGUACUUGGAUUUGGGCAGGCGGGAGGAGUCUGGAACUGACAUGUUCCCAGAGAGAGACAGAGCGUGUGCCUUAGAGAUAAAGUAGUGAACAUUUACUGAAGAAAACAUUGUUGCAGCACGUAUUUUUGACCUCUAAGUGACAUUCUUCUGCCAGCAAUCUACCUUUUUUUUGCAGCCAUAAUUCCAGAGACUCUUGAGCUUUUUACCCAUAAUGCCAAAGGCAGGUGUCAAAUAUUCCAACCAAAAUGUAAAAAUAUAAAAUAAAAUACGACUAAGGCAGAGGAGAGGAAAUUUGUUUUUCUCUUUCUGUUUGGCAGAAAAAUUUAUUAAAAUAGGACCCUUAUAUUCCAUAGAACAUUAAUAGGAAUGUGUGAACAAUAGUGUAAAUCCUGGGGUCAGCUCGAUUCCAACUGCAUCAUGUUUUCCAACCAGUUGAUUUGGGAAGAAGCACCAUCCUGUGAACUCUCACCCGUACCUGUGACUAGGUUCUCAGGGUGUCUCCCUGAGGAGUCCCCUGUGUGUGUUGUAUGUAGCUUUGUUCUAUGCAGUUAUGCUGCAGACCAGUAUAAUCUUUUCUUACACCUAGAAAGCAGUGCAUAAAAUCAACUGGAACACAGUGUUUCUUUCUUAAAUUUGUUCAUUACCAAAGAGGUGGCAAAGGAUUCAAAUUAGUUUUGAAUCCUUGUGCGUGUGUAGUGGUUACAGGAAUACAUAUUGCCUAGUAGUAACGCCGUAGUGUUCCAGGAAAUUCUUAUGUCACAGUCCCCACUUGGUACGGAUAAUAUCUCAGAAUGCUUUCUCAGUUGAGUUUAUUACAAUGUCUGUGCUCUUUCCCAGGCAAAGGUACAAUCUUGGGUCACAUUUAACCCCCAAAUGUAGAUUAUUUAUAAAAAUAAGCUUUGACAAAACUAAGACGUAGGUUUCAAGAACUAUAUUUUAUUCCCAAGAAAACAGAUUUUCUAAUAAACACUCCCCUCUUUGUGUUUGCUGCAUCGUUCUAAGUGAAAACAACUUCUAUUACCCUUUCUCAUAGGAAGUGGUACCAGAGACCACCAGUGCCUGCCGACGAUGUGAGGUACAGCCGGCUUCAGCAGUGUAACUGAGCAUGCUCAGUGCAAGCCAAGCAGAAAAUCUGGGCGGGGCCCAUGGUCCCCAUGUCCCCCACCCCACCCCCAUGCGUUGCCUCUGAGUGGUACUUGAUGCCUCAAAUAAUCCCAUUCAGUGCAAUGGGGCUGUUUAUGAAGUAAGUUGCUACUCACCGUAAGAGUGACAAAAUAUGGCCAAAUGGGACUCCUCUGUAAAGAAAAGUGACAUUGACGAGCCUUGUUUUUAUUGUCCAAGCUUGGACAAAUGCCGAAAGCAAAUAAUCCACAUGUAACAGCAUGAAGUACAUUUACAGUUGGAUUUUCAGAAGGACUUCCUGUUGGCCUGACUCUGCUCCCACUGAAUGCAGUGGGAGUUCUGCUGUGGAGUUCAGUGGGAAUGGUUAGCCCAGUGCUAAGAUCAUCUGAAAACUCCACCAUGGACUUUCCAAAAUUCUUUAAUAAUCUAAGGUGUGAUUAAGAUGGGUCAGAACAUUUUUCUUUUAAAAAUAAUAAUAAUAAUAAUAAUCUGAUUUCUUUGAACCUGACGCUGUACCUAUCAGGGCCUGAUCCAAAGCCAAUUAAAGCCAAGAGGAAUUUUUCCAUUAAUUUUUAGUGGAUUUUGAAUCAGGCCCUAAAUCAGAAUGCUGGUCCCAAAUCAGUCUGAAGAGUUUGGGGAGAAAUAACAUCAAGAGUGCUGGGCAUCUCCUUUGUAAUUAAAAUAAGCUUUACAGUCCCCAAAGUACAAUACUGUCAGAGUCUAUCCAAUCAGUGACCGCUGCUCUCUGCUGUAAAUUAAUGAUUUUACAGGCUGCACUUAAAUCCAAUAUGGUACUAAGCAUUAAAAGGACAUUUUCAAAAGUAUGCCUCUGCUGCAGCAACCACCAAUGCAUUUGACAAAAGGAAAAACAAACCAAUGCACUCUCCUGUAUGUCAGACGUCUGUUUGUGCUGCUUGGGGGGACUGCAUAUCGUGCAGCUUCUGUCACACUCAUCUCGAAGACUAUGACGCUGGACUUUGUCAGCGUACACAGAAAAGGAUACAGCGGAUCUCUGACUUCUUGGUUUUUUUAAAAAAAAGUUCUUUGUGCCCGAGGUGAAGGUAUCUUGGAUCACUGCUGGGCCUGUGAAAAUGGGGAGCUGUCUGGAGUGAGAAUACAGAGUCUUCAACCUUCAGGGUGCAAGCUGCUGCAGAAAAUGUCUUUCCAUUUUGCAGCAAAUAAAAUUUUUUUUCCUGUU